ACAGCUAGCCAGUUCAUGGAACCAGUGUGGUGAAAGUGUGUUACAUAUUAACAAGCUAACCAGCAUGUUUCAAGCAUCAGAACAAGGUGAUGAAGUCUUCCUCUCUGGGAUUUCGGUUAGGCUCAGCUCUCCUACCAGGUUACAGGAUUCAGCAGGACCAAGUUCCAUAAGGUCUUGGACAAUAUCGAUGACCACUGCAGAUCUCAGACAAAAGAAAAUUCCAUUCCCAGCAAUGGAUUAG